UUAGAAUGUCAUCUAGCAUUGACUUUAACUAUAAGAUUGAUUCAUAAUUAUUAUAUAAGUUUUAUAACCAACUUUUUAAAUGUCUAUAUUCACUCCAGUAAAUCAAAAUAGACUCACAAAUGUUGCAUAUGUAAGGAUGAAAAAGGGUGGUAAACAUUUUGAAAUUGCCUGCUAUAAAAAUAAAGUCCAAUCCUGGCGCAACAAAAUUGAAAAAGAUAUAGACGAAGUAUUGCAAACUCCUGUAGUUUUUGCCAAUUUAUCAAGAGGUCAAAUAGCUAAAAAGGAAGAUUUAAUAAGUGCUUUUGGAACAGAUAAUAUGAUGGAGGCAUGCUUAAAAAUAUUGGAAAAAGGUGAUUUACAAAUAUCAGAUAAAGAAAGACAAAACAAUCAACAAACAAUGUUCAAGGACAUUGCUACUAUAGUAUCCAAUAAAUGUAUCAAUCCAGAAACAAAUAAACCUUAUCCUAUUACCAUGAUUGAAAAUGCUAUGAAGGAAAUACAUUAUUCCAUUAAUCCUAAAAAGAAUAGCAAACAACAGGCCUUAGAUGUAAUCAAGAAGUUAAAAGAAACUAUCAGUAUAGAGAGGGUUCAAAUGAAAAUAAAAUUGCAAUGUUCGGCCAAAUUUUCUAAAAAAAUUAUUGAAAAAAUGUCUAUCAUUGAAAAUAGCACCACAGAAAACAAAACUAGGUUGGAUAAUGGCGAUUUAGAAUUGGUAUUGUUAAUUGACCCAGGGACUCUCCGGUCUAUUGAUGAAAUUGUUAGAAAUGAAACGAAGGGUCAAGGAAUCGUCGAAAUAAUUAGCGUAAACGAAUUAAAAGAUGAAAAUAAUUAAAUAUUUGUUGAAAUUCACACCUGAAACGAAAAUAUUAUAUAGGAUAACCCCCACUACAUAUAUACCAUAAUUAUUUUGCCUAUUAACAAACAUUAACCCCUUUUUUAUAUUGUAAUUUAUUUUAUUUUUAAACGGAAAUAUUUAUAACAUCAGAAUAUGCAAUUAUUAGAUUAUUUUGUGUAAAAAUUUAUAUAUAUAAUAUAUUCAUGUCAUGUAAGACUAUAGUUAACAAGAAUAAUAAAGA